AUGGAUUUUCUCUUUUUGAUAAAUUGUGUGCUAGCUGUCAUUAUUGCAAUAUUUAUAGAAACAUUUUUAGAAGACCUGUAUUAUUAUCAUUGGAUAGGAAUACCGCCUGGUCCCUGGUCACUUCCCAUCAUUGGAACUCUUCAGAAAAUAUCUCCAAAAACACCACAUCAUUCCUUCACAAAGUUCUCAGAAAAAUUUGGAAAAAUACUGAGUCUAAAAAUUGGACUGACAGAAAGGAUAGUAUAUGUGACAGACAUGCAAUUGUUCAAAGAUAUAAGUUACAGUAAGGUUUUGUCAGAUCGUCCAUGCUUAUAUGUGUUUGAUUAUCUAACGAAAGAUGUGGAGGGCGUAGGUUCGGCAGUGUGUAACUCUGCCUUCAUACAACAAAAACAGCUGCUCAUUAAAGCCAUCAACAACCUAUCACAAACAUCUUUAGAAAUAAAAGUCAAGCAAGUUGCACAAAAUGUAAUAAAAAGAUACCAGAGUUUUAGAGGGGAGCCCGCUGAACUGAAGGAAAUGGUGUUAAAAUUUAUGGUUAGCCAAUGUGCUUCACUGGUAUAUGGAAUUGACAGUAAUGACCCUAUAGUAGACGUGGUUUACACGGAUCAUAGAACAAUCAUGAAAACUUUGAGUCCAUUCCAUCCCCUGAACCUACUCAAAUGUUUAUGGUGGUUUCCCAAUCCUUGGACAGGAUCUGUAUUUGCUGCUGUUCAGAGACGAGAUGAAAUAUUAACAAAUAAAUGUUACGAAAAUCUACAAUUUUGUGAAGGAAAUGGACCACAACUUGAGAAUCUGAUUCACCUUUUAAUAGCUGACCACAAAAUCUUAAAUCCCAAACUGAUUAAAAAUCUCAUCAUGACAUCUUGGACAGUAUUCCUAGCAGGGAGCGACACAUUGUACACGCUAUAUCUGUGGAGUCUACUCUAUCUAGGACUAUAUCCAGAUGUACAAGACAAACUUUAUAAAGAGAUUAUAUCUAUCAACCCCUCCUCGCUACCAAAACUAGAACAAAAACCUCAAUAUCAUUACACAGGAGCCUUCAUCCAAGAAAUGAUGAGAAUAUGUCAGCCAAAUGUCUUGGGUAUACCUCAUUGUGCUGCAGAAGAUACUCAGAUAGGUGGCUACAAUAUUCAAAAAGGGACAAGCAUCAUGAUUGGUUUUUGGGAGAUUUUAAACAGUGAAGAACAUUGGCAAGAAGCACGCAAGUUCAAGCCUGAAAGAUUUUUGGACGAAAAUGGACACUUGCUGAAAUUUGUUAAAUUUCCUGCAUUCAUAGCCUUUGGAAAAGGCAUUCGAAUGUGUCCAGGAACAAAAAUAGCUGUGGACAUUAUGUUUUUACUUAUAACAAGCUUAUUAAAGUGUCUAUCAGUAAAACUUCAUCUUGAAGAAGGUGAAACACUAGAUAUUGAUGGAAGAGUAGUUUUUGGCCUUGAACCUCCACUGUUUAAAGUAAAACUACUGCACAGGUUAGAGGAUAUUGAGACUCUUCUUGAUAAUUGGAAAUAA